AUGUCCUCUCCAACUCCCUCACCAUGUCUUGACAACAUCGACGAAUCGUCUCCCAUUGUCGUCGAGUGGGAAUGCGACGGCGCGACGCACUAUCUGGCUAAGCCGGAUCCCAAGAUCGACAACAUCACGCUCAAGACUCGUCUGAACGAACUCAGCGCCCUCUUCGAACUACGUUUUCCUGUCAACCUGAAGGGCGUCGAAGGUGUUACGUCCAUUUCAAUGUCCAUUCUCCCGUCAUCCAUCACAUCAUUCGAGUUUGCUCCUACCACGACGCUACCCAACGUAGUGAAGGAAAAGCUCAGCGGCCGAAUAAACCGCCUUGUAUUUCGAAUAAACAAGACAAUGGAGGUCCUCGUCCCCAUCCCCGCGAAAGAACCACUGGCGCCAGCGCGAGCGCAGUCCGGCAAAGUCAUCGACGAUAUCCGCACGCUGUGCGCGGCAAGAGCUUUUAUAGUGUAUAUAGACGACAAGAAGCUAUCGAAUGAACAACUCCAAUGCAUCCACGACGCAGUGAACCGAGGUGGCUUGACACCUUUUCGCGACCGAAAUGAUCUUGCGAGCAUGUACCGCGGCACCGGAGCCAAGCUCGUUGACCUUGUCCCACAAAUCUACGACGCGCCCCCAUCCUACAACGAGACCGAACCUCCACCGCCUCCUCCCCCCAUUAACGACAAGAAACGCCGCCGAGUCGAUAGCCAAGGCAAAGAGAGCGAUGCGAUUUCCGAGAUUUGGGCUGAGCUCAAGGCACGAGACGAGCGCGAACGAACAGUACAACACGAACUUUCAGAUCUGAAGCAAGAGAACAAAUCCCUUCGAGAAGCGCUCGAUCAAAUCCGCCAGCAAGUCGCCACGUUCCAUCAGAACCUGGACACCUUGAAGCAAGAUGUGGACCACCUUCAAGGUCAAGACAAACACACUGCUGACACCCUGGAGGGAUACGACACCAGACUGGUCGAGUUGCGGGACGAUCUGGAGGAUCUUGAUGCCAAGGUCGACUCAAUCCAGGAACACCGUGAUGAGAACGGCGUGGCUCGCGACUUUCUUGACAAAGUUCGCAGUGAUGUGUAUGAUGAUAUUAUCACGCGUCUCACGGGCUGA